AUGUCUCAGGAAAAACUGUACCAAUGGAUAUGGAGACAACAAGAAGGAGGGUCAAGAGUGACCCCUGUGGAUAUAAUCAAUUACAUUCAGAACGAGUUGGAGUCCUGCACAGAGGAACACCCAAUAUCCCCAAGAGCGCCGCCACCUCAACCAACAAUGCAUGUCACCAAUUCCGGUCUCAUUACCUCUUCAGACACGUCUUGCCCAACAGCUGUUCCAGUGGUUCGGUCUGAGCAAUGCGAAAACCAGGCCAAGAGCUCGGUUUUCUCAAACGCUCUUUCAAUUCCGGUACGCCGUAGUCUGCAGAACUACCAAAUUCCGCAGGGAGGAUACAUAUCUGGCGGAACCAGAAGCAGUGAAUUGAACAGGGGAUCUGACUCUCCAAGUUCUUUUGAUUCUUCAUAA